CCAUGGCGACGAGUGCAGGACUACUCUCACGAGUUCCACAGGACCAGGGGUCACGUGGUGCUGAGCAGGGAGCGGGAAGAUCUCUUGGGACUUCACAGAGACGGAGAGUUUAAAUCCUCAGCGGCGUCAUUGUCCAGCGGAGUGAAUCGGCGAACUGAACUCUUCCUGAAGGAGAACCACCACCUACACAACUCCGACCGUCUGAUUGAUGACACAAUCAGCAUUGCGAUGGCGACGAAGGAGAAGCUGACGUCACAGCGAGGAGUUUACCGCUCGAUCCAGAGCAAGGUGAACAGCCUGGCACAUCGAUUUCCGCUGGUCAACAGCCUUCUGCAGCGGAUCGCCGUUCGCAAGCGGAGAGAUGCCCUGGUCCUGGCGACCAUCACCGCAACCUGCAUCAUCAUCCUGAUACUCUACAGCCUGCACUAGCACAACAACCACAACAACCACAACAACAACAACCACAACAACAACCACAACAACAACCACUACAACUACUACCACUACAACUACUACCACUACUACUACCACAACUACUACCACCAUCACCGCAACCUGCAUCAUCAUCCUGAUACUCUACAGCCUGCACUAGCACAACAACAACCACAACAACAACCACAACAACAAUCACAACUACAACCACAACUACAACAACUACUAGAACUACCACAACUACUACCACCAUCACCGCAACCUGCAUCAUCAUCCUGAUACUCUACAGCCUGCACUAGCACAACCACAACAACCACAACAACAACCACAACAACCACAACAACUACCACAACAACCACCACAACAACAACCACUAGAACUACCACAACUACUACCACCAUCACCGCAACCUGCAUCGUCAUCCUGAUACUCUACAGCCUGCACUAGCACAACAACCACAACAACAACCACAACAACUAGCACAACAA